UGGCAGGAGUUUUGUUUCAUUGUACAAAUUACGAAUUCGUUAAUGGCCGUCCAUUCAUGAGAAUUUAGUUUAGUAAAUAAAUACAGUUAAUAUGUCUUAUCAGCUGUAUAGAAAUACAACCUUAGGAAAUACGUUACAAGAGAGCUUAGACGAAUUAAUCCAGUAUGGACAGAUAACGCCACAAUUAGCUAUUCGAGUUUUACUCCAAUUCGACAAAUGCAUAAAUCAUGCCCUUUGCAAUAGGGUUAAGUCUAGAUUAACGUUCAAAGCUUCAAAACUGAACACUUACCGAUUCUGUGACAAUGUCUGGACAUUUAUGCUCAAUGAUGUUGAAUUUAGAGAAGUCCAAGAAGUUGCUCGUGUAGACAAAGUUAAGAUUGUUGCCUGUGAUGGAAAGAAUGUUGAAGGUGAAGGCAGCUCAAAAAGAUGAAGCUAACUAUUAUUAUUUGUGAUGUUUUUUUUUUAUUAUCCAGAACUUAAUAUUUUUGUUCAUGUUCUUUAGAAGAAACAUGAACUUGUUUUGCAAUUAUUGUAUUAAAAUGGGUAUAUAUAGGUAAUAAUUUACAUAGAUACAAUUACAUACAAAUACCAAAUAUA